UGGGAGAGGUUGACCUCACCUAGUUACAGCAAGAUACGAAUUGUUUGCGUCUUGUCUCUGCUAGCUAGGAUUUUACAGCAGGACGAGCAGUGAAAGUAACUUAACAUUUCUUACAGGUGCUAUUCUUACCCUAUUGCACUCGGGUCUCUGCCAGCUCUUAAAUAGCUCCCUGCUGGCUUUUGCCGCAGCUCAGCCAGCUCUUGCAGGAGCUGUGCACCAGGGCACACCUGCUUCCUGUCACCUCUGGCAGGAUGGCUAGUGCAGGCUAACUGUGUUGCGUAAAUAUUCACCUUUUUUGGCAGUGGAGACAUCGCCAUAGAUUUUUAAGGCUGGAAAGGGGCAUUAUGAUCAUCUGCUCUGACCUCCGGUAUAACUUCUUAGGCCACAGAAUCAUAUUAAGGGGUCCGUGCAUCAGGACCAUAUCUUGUGGCAGGAUCAGAGCACAGCUUUUUGAAAGAGAUGUCCCAUUUUGAUUUAAAGAUCCCAAGUCAUGGAGAAUCCAUUACCCCUCUGGGUAGGUUGUUACAGUGGCUGAAAAGAAGAUUGUCCAAAAUAUUAAUGACCACACAACUUUUAAUGCAAGCUCAAUUCUACUGGUUCAAAAUCACUCCUGACGUGGUAUCACCCUGCUUACGGACAAACCCAGACUUGCACUAGUCUCACUCGUGGGGCGUUUUUUAAGUUGGUAUAGUUAAAUCGGUGCCGGUUCGUAUGCUGCAAUUAACACUCAUUCUGGAGUUACAGGAAGGGGAGUGUAUUUAACUUUAGCUUGAGACACUAAAAACCAUCAAAUGAAGCUGAACUGCAAGAAGCCAUGCUUGGGAGCGGCCACAGAGAGUUUUGCUGUGGCUUAAAAAGCAAUUGAAAUUAAAGUGGUGCAACUUCUGUGCAUCACCAAGGGCACAGGCCUUGGGCCAAACACUGGUCACUUAAUUCUCAGUCAUGUUGGUGCAAAACUGGAAUCACUCCAGUGCCUUCAGGAGAACAACUCCACCAGUCGAGCCGAGCCUCCCUAAAAACAGCCUCUCACACUGUGACCGGCCCCUUUAAAGGAAGAGGAUCCCAGCCCUGCCUGUAACUGAUCGGCUGACUCCUAAAUGCAGCUGUGGUGGGUAGGAAUCAGGUGAUACCUUGAAGAACAUCUGGGCCUUAUAAAGGUCAAUGAGCGCUCAGCUGAACCAGAGUCCUGUGGGUUGCUGGAGCAGAGAAUCGAUUCCAGCUAGUGAGUGACCUCCAGGCACUUGACCUUGUGGCUGAGAACUGCAGAGAGUAGCAAGGGCCCUCCAAGUGCCCGGGGCUCCAGGCAAGAUCUGGAGGGGCUAAGAGAAGUGACGGGAAAGUCUCAGUGGGACAAAGGAUCUGCUUGAUUUGGGUCUUGUGCUUGAGCUGGCCCAGCAAUGAUCCUGCCCUUGGUGGUGAGGCUGCUUAGCACAUGUGAGAGAGCUGCUCUGUGCUUUGCAUCGACUCUGCAGGAGACGCUGUCCCUGUCAACGCGCAGCCACGAGAUGAAAACGGCUCCGUUCAGUUGGGUGGCCUGCCGUCCCAGCUGCUGCUCGCGAGACAGCAGCCCCUCCCUCGCACCCCAAGGCAGUCUCUGCAGUGACAAAGCAUCUCGCCAGGCUCCUCAGCUGAACCGGGCCUCUGGCUGGGCUUCCAUAGAAGCAGCAAAGGGCAUUUCAAAGAGGCAUCUCCUGAGGCUUGGGAAAUGCUGAGCGGCUGAGCCGCCCAUAAGGGCACACAGAGGUGCUGCUCCCUGAUUCCCCUGCCAUAGACAUGCCAUAAAUGUUCCAGUUUAAUAAACACUUUCCUGCUAAACAAGGUGUGGCCGGGCUGGGCGCUGUCUGUUGGGAGUGAAGGAAGGCCCCUUCCACCCCCACGUCGCGGGCUGGCUGCACGUUGCAAAGGGUCGCUGGAUACUGGUCUCUGAAGGGGGGGAUUGUAGCUAGUGCUAAGCUGAGCAGAAUUGUGUGGAGAUCUGCACACUGCCUGGCCCUGGAGCCAAGCCCAGACUCCUCGCCAAGCCACCCUGGGCUCCAGGCGCUGCCCAGUGAGUGUUCCACAAGCCUCCAUGGCUGGAGAUGCCCUGGCAACAGUGACCUAACAGGGGCUGAUUAUGCAGCAUCAGAACCCUGCCAGGGCAUACAGGGCCCUGCCCCGUGGCUGGGCCCAGAGCAACAAGCGCUUCCAGAUGCACGGCCUGGGAAGCCGGUGACGAGCCUCUGAACGGUGUCCAGCAGCAGCGGCAGAGGCGCACGCUGAGCGCAGGGCGCAUGCUGGCAGCGGGGGAAAGCGGGGGAUGGACGGGGCUGGGGGGCAGUCUGUUCCAUGCUGGGCAGCUGGGGCUCAUGCUAGCCUGUGGCAAGGAUAACCCAAGGAUCUUGGGCAGCAGGACGAGAGGCCUGGUGCUGCUCUGCCUGUGCAUGUCGCACUCCCCAGCAGCGGGAUGCGGUUCCCAGGUCAGCCUGGCCCCCUCUCGUGCCACGCAGGAGUUUGCAGCAGUCGGGGAAUUCCCCUGGGUGGCGUCCAUCCAGGACCUACAGCACAACCAUCUGGCCUUUGGGUCCAUCCUGAGCGAGAACUGGAUCCUGAGCGCCGCAGCCACUUUUCAGACGAGGCGCCCGGCCGUCGCCGUGGUGGGAAUAACGGACCUGAACGCGCAGAGCGGGCUCCUGCCCCGCUACUCCAUCAGCUCCGUAAUCCCCCACGAGGACUUCAACGAAAUCACGCUGGACAGGAACCUCGCCCUGCUGAGGACGGCCACCCCGGUGCGGUUCACUGCUGGCGUUCAGCCCAUCCCGCAGGCCCUGGAGAACUGCUGGGUGGCAGGGUGGCUCCACCCCACUGCAGGAAGCCACGCGGCAGCCGGCUUUCUCAGGAAGCUCUCCGUCGUGGACGUGGAGCCGUGCCCCUUGAAGAGAAUCGUCACGACCGAGUGCAGCAGCCACCGGGACUCCGAUUACGUCACCGGGUGCUUGGGGGACCAAGGAAACCCAGUCAUGUGCCAGGCCAGGGAGACUGGGGACUGGGUUCUGAACGGAGUGCUGAGUCAGGGUGGCAUGAGGUGCUACGGGCCAUUUCUCUACACCAAGGUGGCCUAUUACAGUGACUGGCUUUCAGCCACCACAGCCGCCGCAGGAGUCCCCGUGUAUCCCACGUUUGCCAGAGGACACGCCGCUCUCCAGCCUCCGACUGAGGCGCUGGAAGGUCUGUCUGAGCCAGCAGAGAAGCUAUUUCAAUUCGCAGGCCUCUCCGAACGUGGGUCCGACCGUGGCCAAGCAUGGCAGCGAGCGGAAGACGUGAAGCCAGCCCAGGACGGGCGAGCCAGGGCUUACAGCAAGUCCGAGCCCGUGUACUACGACUACUACAGCGGGGAAAUGGUCCCCAUUGCCCAGGCUCCCCAUCAGCCGCAGCCCCUCAUGGAAAUGAGCGCGCUUUUCCUUUUGCUUUCUCUCCUGUUUUACUAGAUGUGACGCUGUGGUAGGGAGGCAACUGGGUGACUGGCUGGCUGGCUUCCUCAGGGCCUAUUCCCAGCCCCCUCCCCGACACUUUUAGUGCUGUUGACAGAGGCAACGUGGCCCGCUCCAGGUGCAUGGCGCUGACUUGUCCUCCUGCCCCAGCAAGGACCUAGUGUGUUAAUCUGUCUCUUGGCACUCCCUCGGGGUUAUUAAACUUUCCGCUCCCCCCACCGGUGUCUCCUGAUUCCUUUUGUAAUGGAAGCUCAGCAGCACAGCUGAUUCAGAACUCUGGGAGCCCUGCAAAAAACUGCAAAAGCGGCGAGGAGUCCUGUGGCACCUUAUAGACUAACUGAAAUGUAGGAGCAGAAGCUUUCAUGGGCAAAGACCCACUUCGCCA